ACCCAAUUUUUGGGCUCCUUGCCUGGUCCAUGACUCCUUUGGGGGGUCUCGAGCCAAGGACCCUCCCCCGGGGCAGGGUUUGGGGUUCUCCCCAGGCGCUCGCGGGGGCGGCUGUGAGCUGGCUGGGGUGGGCCCAGGUCCCCUGCUCCUCCUGCUAAGCACUGGCGGGGAGGGGAGAGGAGACCAUCCUGGCCUCCCCCACCAGCCACUUCCCGGAUUGUGGUAACAGCCAGAUUUUAUCAACGACUCCUCCCUCUUCGUAAUCCCGGAUCUCUGGGAAAUAGAAACUGAAGUGAAAUCGAAACUGCGGGCCAGGAGGGGAGGUGAAAGGAGGGGCGCACACUCCACUCAGCCAGCAGUCCCUGCAACAUGAACAGCUCUGCGAAAACCGUCUUCUCCAGCGCCAGUCACCCCCAGAACUACGAGGUUCUGAGGGAGGACCAUGAGAUCUCCGUGCUGGGGGCACCCUCCAGCCAGGGCACGGUGUCCUCCACCGUUAUCAACAUUCGCAGCGACACCGCUGUGCCCGACCACGUGGUCUGGUCCCUCUUCAACACGCUGUUCUUCAACUGGUGUUGCCUGGGCUUCGUGGCGUAUGCCUACUCGGUGAAGUCAAGGGACAGGAAGAUGGUGGGUGACGUAGUUGGAGCCCAGGCCUACGCAUCCACCGCCAAGUGCCUGAACAUCUGUGCCCUGGUGACUAGCAUCCUUCUCUUCGUGGCGACCAUUGUCAUCAUUGUGCUCAACAUAGCAGCCAUUGCCCAGGCAAUUCCUCAUUAGAGGAGGAGCCUCGCCAGGCCUGCAGUGCACACCUGUGCUGGCAGCCCGCCCCUGCCCCUCCCCAACCUCCCGGGCACUGUCCAGCCUCACGCAUGUCCACUGCCACUCCUGUGUGCCCUACUGCAGAUCCACCACAGCGCCUGUCCACUCUCACACGUGUCUGCCCCCACACCUGUCCACCAUACGUUUCAAUAAAGUGCCUGUGUUUGCAA